AUGUUAUGCUGCUUUGACUUCAAUGGAAGUAUCGGGCAAAACAAUUCUCAGCAGCUCUCCAAGCUCUUCAAAAUCCUGAAAUACAUUUUUGCAGCUCAGAUAAUUUACGCAGUUUUGGAGCUUGUCAGGAAUCCCUGAAACAGCAUAAUGAUGUUUAUUGGAGCAUUAAAUCUUUAUUUCAUUAUUAAGUACCGAAAUUGGUGCAACUGUGUGAUUUAUAUCCUUAUCACUCUGACAGAUUUUCUUACACUUGUUUUAUUUACAUUGGACUCGAUCGGCUCACCUCAAGGUUUUGGAGGAUCUCACUUAUUUGAAGUAUUUUUAUUGACAAAAGUCCCUUUUUACCUUAUUAGUAUGUAUUAUUGUUAUUUGACGUACAAAGAAGUUAAAGGUAAAAUAUAAGCAGCUAUUUAUAUAACAGAAAACAGAGGAAACUUUGAAAUGAAUAGCAGUUGGAAUCAAAGAAACCAAGGGAAUUACCAGCCACCUCCACCUUCAGCUCCUCAUUAUUUUGAAGGGAGAGGGCAUCGUCUUGAUUAA